CGGUUUUGCUUGGAAAGACAUGAGUCGGAGUUUAUUGAGAAGGGCAGGUAUCCGGCAAAAUCGGCCAAAGUUUUUCAACGCGUAGACGACCGGGAUUUGUGCGUCUCACAGGGAUUAUAAUCUGAAGAUGAAAACAGCCAUGGAUGUGAGGAGGAAUUUGGAGGUGAGUGGGUGGUUUGCAGACAAACAUGACUGCCAACAAGAGUUCGAAGGCUGUCCCUCGUGCAGGAGGGGGUAAAGCCCCCCGGGACAACCCCGACAGGUGCCAGUCUACAUCACCUGUUCUCUCUACCAGCCAGGGACAAGGCCAGAAGCCACUCGUCAACGACGGAGAGAACUCAGGGAAGCAGAGUCGGUACGUCAGGACCGACGGCAGGUUCCUGGUACGUGCUGGCUGGAACAGCAAGGCCGCUACUCUAUGCGGUGGUACAUCUCUAACAGGUGACCCUGAGUCCCAAGGCCUUCUCACCAAGUCCAAGAGCAUCAGUUGCCUAGACAACAAGCUUUCUAUCUAUAAGCCCUCACUUCAAACCAAGGAAAAAUUUCAGGAAAGCCAGAGCAUCCAGGAUUUGAAGGAGAAACAAUCGGGGGAUCUCUGUUCAGGAGAUCGACUUAAUGGUCGACCUCUGAGUUGGAGCACACUCUCAUUGGGACCUCCAUCUAACCAAGGCCACAAGCGCACCCUCUCUGUCACACGCUCUGUGACCAGUGCCCCCCCCACUGCCAUCCGCAAAAAGAUCUCAGAAUGGGAGUGCAGGAGGGUGGCUUUGCCUAGGAUGAGCUUGUGCCUUGAUAAAAGGGCAGGGGGAGAGCGUGUUGGGGGCAGUGAGGGCUGCCCCAGUGUGCUCUCUUCUCCCUGCAGUGAGAAGAAUUUUGAUUUUAAGGGAGUUCGCAGGAUGAGCACGGCGUUCUCUGAAUGUUCCUACACAGAGACGGAGGAAGAUGAGCGAGUUUCAGACAAAGAUGGUAUAGGUCGCUUCCAGAAAAGGAUAAGCAAACUGGAGUCCUCAGGAACAUUUGUACGUUCCUUGUCCGCUCGGAAGGAGACGUCGGCAGUCCUCAACAGGAUACAAAAGAUAGAGCAAGCCCUAAAGGAAAAUCCCACCACACCCCCUCCACGUUAUCUGAAUAAUUGCUAUGCCCCAGAUAAGACAAGACAAAAGUCUUUUGUUGUAGGUGAGGAUUUUGACAGUACAUGCACCAGUAAGCGCAGCAGUAUUUGUUCAGUUGCCACUGAACCAGAUGCUCUCCUGGUGUCUGAUAAGCUCUCUAAACUCAGACAAAGGUUUAGUGUGAGCUCAACCAGGUCUGAGAGCCCAGAGCCACCCUGCCCACAGACCACUGUUGGCACACCAGUCAACCCCUUACCUAAACCCAAACGCACUUUUGAGUACGACGCCAAACAAGACCAGAAGGGCGUGUUGCCAGCCAAUGGACUACCUCCAGACAGAGCCUCUGAGUCUCCGCCACCCCUGCCCUCAACCCCUGCACCCAGCAUGAUACGCAUGGGAAAGACAGAGGGGAACGCCUCCAUGAGGCUCCAGGACAGAGAGUCGUGUGAGUCGGAGGAUGCUGCAAGCCUGCCGUCUUCAUACCCGUCCUCACCUACAGAGAAUGGCACAUUAACUGCAGAGACACGGAGUCGACCCAACUCCAAAAGCACUUUAGAGGAAAAUGCCUAUGAGGACAUUGUAGAGAAAGAGAAUCCAUAUGAGGAUGUUGACCUGAAGCGGAGGAGUUUGGGUCGGAAGUCUUGUCUGUCGGAGAGCAGCAGAUCGUGGACCGCUAUGGACAGGAAGCUGAACUCUCCACCUGAGUUGCCUUCCAAACCCAGUAGCCAAUCCCUGCGCCUGACUGGCCCCUGCGACAGGAAAAGCCACCGGAUCUCACAGUUGUCCAAACGCCACAGCCAUGAUGACAUGCUUCUUCGCCCUCAGCUGGGUGUUUCACCUGUUUCACCUUGUGGCCUGCUGGAUGACAGCCUAUGUGGCACCAGUGAUACUCUGGCCUCACACAGGCACUGGAGGAUCCCCAAGCUGGUCCAGAGGAUUAACUCCAUUUACUGCACUAAACGUGGGAAGAAGAGGCUGAAGAAAUUGUCCAUGUCCAACAUUGAGACAGCAUCUCUGAGAGAUGACAACAGUGAGAGUGAGAGUGACUCUGAUGACAGGUUCAAAGCUCACACCCAGAGGCUGUUGAAACUACAGUCGAUCCUUCGACGGGCCCCCAGCUACCGCACACUGGAGCUGCAGCUCAUUGAGUGGCAGGAGAGAGAACUCUUUGAAUAUUUUGUGGUUGUUUCCCUGAAAAAGAAACCCAGCAAGAACUCCUACUCUCCAGAGGUCACUUAUCAGUUCCCAAAGCUAGAGAGGCCCACCAAGCAGAUGAGGGAGGCAGAGCAGAGGCUCAAAGCCAUUCCUCAGUUCUGUUUCCCGGAUGCAAAAGACUGGAGUCCUGUGUCAGAGUACAGCAGUGAGACCUUUUCCUUCAUGUUGACUGGAGAGGAUGGCAGCAGGAGGUUUGGGUACUGCAGACGCCUGCUGCCAAGUGGGAAAGGACCUCGACUUCCAGAGGUGUACUGCGUCAUAAGCAGACUGGGCUGUUUUGACUUGUUUUCCACGAUUCUUGAUGAGGUUGAGAGACGGCGAGGCGUCUCAGCAGCCCUGGUGUACCCCUUCAUGAGGAGCCUGAUGGAGUCUCCCUUCCCUGCGCCAGGGAAGAUCAUCAAAGUAAAGACCUUUCUGCCUGGUGCAGGAAAUGAGGUCAUUGAGCUGAGGCGGCCCACUGAUUCCAGACUGGAGCACGUAGACUUCGACAGUCUGUUCAGGUGUCUGAGUGUACGGCAGGUGAUUCGCGUCUUUGCCUCUUUGCUGCUGGAGCGCAGAGUCAUCUUUGUGGCUGAUAAACUCAGCACUCUGUCCAGCUGCAUGCAUGCAGUGGUGGCGCUGCUCUACCCCUUCUCUUGGCAACACACCUUCAUCCCGGUGCUGCCUGGCUCCAUGUUGGAUAUUGUCUGCUGUCCCACACCCUUCCUGGUGGGGUUACUGUCCAGCUCACUGCCCAAGCUGAAAGAACUGCCUGUGGAAGAGGCUUUAAUGGUUGACCUGGGAACUGACCGCUUCAUCCGGCAGAUGGACGAUGAAGCUUCACUGUUGCCUCGGAAACUACAGGCGGCUCUUGAGCAAGCUCUGGAUCAGAGAAAUGACAUCAUCAGUCAGGACUCUGACAGCGAGUCAGACGAAGAGUAUAACUCUCUGAACAGCCUGGUGUCUGAGGCCUUCAUUCGCUUCUUCCUGGAGACCAUGGGUCACUACUCCCUGUUUAUUACUCACAAUGAGCGAGGGGAGCGCAUUUUCCAGAGGGAAGCCUUCCGCAAGUCUGUGGCGUCAAAGAGCAUCCGUCGUUUCCUGGGGGUCUUCAUGGAGUCUCAGAUGUUCGCAGGCUUCAUCCAGGAUCGAGAGCUGAGGAAAAGUCGUGCUAAAGGCCUUUUUGAGCAGAGGGUGGACCAGUAUCUGGAGGAACUACCAGACACAGAGCAAAGUGGAGUCAACAAGUUUCUCAAAGGCCUUGGAAGUAAAAUGAAGUUUCUCCACAAAAAGAACUGAGACGAAAUGAGCUCCUGUUUUCAGCGCUAUACCGACAGUGUACAUCAAACUAACGUCCCUUCAUCAUGAUGCCUCUUUUUUUUUUUUUUUUACCUGCCUUAAUUUUUUUAUGUAAACAUGUACAUACUCCACUGUAAGCUGGCUGUGAUACUCUUCAGUGUAUGUUUAUAAUACUUAAUAUGAUAGUGAUAGGAGGACGGUACACAACGAGUGAGCCGUAGAGUAACCACUGAUGUCCAGGUAUGAGUGUGGAGACUGUUAUCAGGAUGAGUGAGUGUAUGUGACUUGAUGUGGGCAUAGAUGUACAGUUCUUAUGUUUAAUUUUGCAUUAAUUCACGACAGUGUGGUUCUCUGUUUAAGGAGUAUAAAACCUAUUCCAAACUGUACAUGCAUUGAGACAAUGAAGAAAAUGAUUGUAACUGUUCAUAAAGUCUUUUGCAAUCUUUUAUUAAAAAAUGUAAUUAAAACGCUUUAAAUGAC